AUGUCCUCUCCAACUCCCUUCGGAGCCCCCAUGCUCAAACACUUCUCCUUCUUCCCCAACUUCAAAAACCUCAACCACGGCAUGCCCUCCCAUCUCCCCAGGUCAUAUAUCAGUUUAACUAACAAUAUACAAACAGGCUCCUUCGGCACCCAUCCCCUUUCCGUCCAAUACGCCCUGCACAAUCUCCAAUCCGAAGCCGAAUCCCGUCCAGACCCCUUCAUCCGCCGCACCACACCGCAAGCUCUUGAUUUAUCGCGACAAGAAAUCGCUUCCCUGCUCCAUGUUCCUAAAAAUGAGGUUGUGUUGGUGAAGAAUGCGACAACAGGCGUGCAUACUGUCCUACAUAACCUGGGUUUCAAGAAGGGAGAUGUGGUUUUGUACUUCGAUACGGUGUACGGGGCUGUGGAGCGGAUGUUGUUCUCGACCGUUGAGAUGACGGGCGUGGCAUUGAAGAAGGUGGAGUACCGAUUGCCAUUACAUCCAGAGGAAUUGGUUGCGAAGUUUAUGGAUGCUGUACGCGCAGCAAGGGAAGAAGGACUGAACGUCCGCGCCACGGUCUUCGAGACCAUCGUCAGCAUGCCCGGCGUCCGUUUCCCGUUCGAGCGUUUGGUCGAAGUAUGUCGCGCGGAGGGCAUUUUGAGUCUGAUUGACGGGGCACACGGCAUCGGCCACAUCCCGUUAGAUCUCGGAUCAUUGCAGCCGGAUUUCUUCACCAGCAACUGCCACAAAUGGCUCUACACCCCGCGCGGCUGCGCGGUCCUCUACGUUCCCCUCCGUCACCAACAUCUCAUCCGUACGACUCUUCCAACGUCCUGGGGGUAUAUCCCCGCCCCUGAUUCAGCGAGCACUAUCGGUGCAUCGACGAUGCAAACGGCUGGCGGUGGAAAGUCGGCGUUUGAGAGUUUGUUUGAGUUCGUGGCUACGACUGAUGAUACGCCGUACCUGUGUAUCCCGGCAGCCAUGAAAUUCCGCAGAGAAACCUGCGGCGGGGAUGAGCGCAUCUUCGCAUACUUGGAAGAACUAUCCAAUGAAGCCGCUGAUAUCGUUGCGGGUGAGCUGGGAACGGAAGUCAUGCAAGAGCCCGGGAUACAGCAUUGGAGGGAAUCUUUGCUGCGGAAAUGUGCGAUGACUACUAUCCGGUUGCCGAUUCCUACUCAGGAUGGUACGGAUCUUUCGCCUGAUGCUGGGAAGAAAAGGGUUUGUAUGCCCUUGGCCGCGGAUGAAGUGCAGGGUGUUUGUCGGUGGAUGCAGGAUACGUUGGUUGAUGAGUAUGACACAUUUCUACCUGUGUUCCCGCAUGGAGGGUGGCUCUGGACAAGGUUGAGCGCGCAGGUUUACCUGGAAAAGAGUGAUUUCGAAUGGGUGGCUCCUAUUCUGGGGGAGUUGUGUGAACAGGUUGGCAAGAAAUACCAACCCGAAGCCAAGCUAUAG